UGUCCCUUUAUCAUUCCAUCGGCCUCUUCGAUAACUCUAAAGGUCAUCCUCAAUUCACCUUUGCAUCUGGUCGCAUUUGAUAGCUUCAGAGAUUUGGGCGCCUCCAAUUUCUUCACGGCACUAUAUAUAUCCACUUCAAAUCCACCAUAACAACCGAUUCUUAAUUCCUUAUUGUCCUUCUACUGCUCAAUCUGCCCAUCCCAUGUUCAUGGAUUGUCAGUUCAGGACCCCUUCUUCACCUGCCGCUGCCUUCGUCCCAUCUUCUCUCAAUAACGGAACGCUCUUACCCAGAGGAUUUGUUUCCUCCCCAAGAAGAACACAUUUCCCCUCCUGGGUCUCUCAGAUUUCUGUAAGAAAUUGCGUUAGUGGCCAUCUUCAGCUUAAGUCAUCAAAUGGGCAUCCCUUGAAUGCAGUUUUUUUACCAGAUGGUAGUCCUGGAAGUUCUCUUUUCAAUGAACAAAUUGCACUUCAAGAGGAAGAAAAAUCUGUUUUGGAUUCGGGAAAAGUUCAAUCUACACUCAGUAUAACUGUUGUUGGAGCUUCAGGGGACCUGGCAAAAAAGAAGAUCUUCCCUGCACUUUUUGCUCUUUAUUAUGAGGAUUGUCUACCAGAGGAUUUUACCGUGUUAGGGUAUGCUCGAACUAGUAUGACCGAUGAGCAACUCCGAACUAUGAUUAGUAAAACUUUGACUUGCAGAAUUGAUAAGAGGGCAAACUGUGAGGACAAGAUGGAUGAGUUUUUAAAAAGAUGCUUUUACCAUUCUGGUCAGUAUAGCUCCGAGGAAGAUUUCGCUGAGUUGGACAGGAAGUUGAAAGAAAAAGAGGAUGGAAAAGUUUCAAAUAGGUUAUUUUAUUUAUCAAUUCCUCCAAACAUAUUCGUCGACGUUGUCAAGUGUGCUAGCCAACGGGCAUCUUCAGAAAGUGGUUGGACUAGAGUCAUUGUCGAAAAGCCAUUUGGCCGUGACUCAGAUUCUUCGGGUGAGCUAACGAGAAGCUUAAAGAAAUAUCUCACAGAAGACCAAAUAUUUAGGAUUGAUCAUUAUUUGGGCAAGGAGCUCGUAGAGAAUCUGUCGGUUCUUCGAUUCUCCAAUCUUGUUUUUGAGCCUCUUUGGUCGAGGAGCUAUAUCCGCAAUGUUCAACUGAUAUUUUCAGAGGACUUUGGAACCGAGGGGCGGGGCGGGUACUUUGAUAACUAUGGAAUCAUACGAGAUAUAAUGCAAAACCAUCUCCUUCAAAUUUUGGCUCUAUUUGCUAUGGAGACGCCUGUUAGUUUAGAUGCGGAGGACAUCAGGAAUGAAAAGGUUAAGGUCCUGAAGUCCAUGAGACCCCUGCAACUCGAAGAUGUAGUUGUUGGGCAAUACAAAGGGCACAGCAAGGGUGGGAAAUCGUACCCUGCUUAUACAGAUGACCCAACUGUUCCCAACGAUAGCAUCACUCCGACGUUUGCAGCAGCCGCUAUUUUCGUCGAUAACGCGAGAUGGGAUGGGGUGCCGUUCUUGAUGAAAGCUGGAAAGGCUCUACAUACAAGGAGAGCAGAGAUCAGGGUUCAGUUCAGACAUGUCCCAGGUAACUUGUACAAGAGGAGCUUUGGAACAGAUUUGGACAAAGCUACUAACGAGCUCGUCUUGCGUGUUCAACCCGACGAGGCUAUUUAUUUGAAGAUCAACAAUAAAGUUCCUGGUCUCGGGAUGCGAUUAGAUCGUAGUGAUCUCAACUUGCUGUAUCGAUCUAGGUACCCGAGCGAGAUACCAGAUGCAUAUGAGAGGUUGCUUUUAGACGCUGUUGAAGGGGAGCGAAGGCUAUUCAUCAGAAGCGAUGAGCUCGAUGCUGCGUGGUCGUUGUUCACUCCAUUGUUGAAUGAACUUGAAGAGAAAAAGAUCGCACCAGAGCUUUAUCCCUACGGCAGCAGGGGGCCGGUCGGGGCUCACUACUUAGCUGCGAAGUACAACGUAAGAUGGGGAGAUUUGGGCGAGGACCGUGAGCCUUAGGUACGUAGGGCAUCUCGAUGUACAAUUGGUAUGGCCAUGGGUUAGUAGUUCAUAUUUCUCAGCAAAAUGAUAGAUUAUGUGUACAAUUGUGCUUAGCUCACAGUGGAUUAAGGUUUCAAUUCAAUUAAGGGAAUGAAUUUGCAGUAAUAAAAUGCCUAUGCCUAUGUUGACUUCUACUACCAAA